AUGAACAGCUCAAUCGAACGCAUGUUUGACAACGGUUGGGACUGGAAGGUCGGCAAGAUCACGGAAGAGGUCCCGGUCAUUAUCACCAGGCUCCCGGCGAACAUGGAGACUUGCGUUGGCAUGCUCGUCAAGAGACUCAAGGGCACCGUCACCACCAUCAUCUGGUCCGUCAUCGACGUCACCCUCCGGUCAAGCACCUCAUCUCGACGUCACCCUCCAGUCAAGCAUCUAGAAGCCGGCAAAGUCCCUUUCUUGAUGUACCACAGGGUCCCGACCACGCUAGAUCCACCGGCGACAGUUGCGGAACCGGCACCUGCGCAGACUGCAGGCCAGCAGAAGCUGGCGUCUGUCAUCUGGCAGCAUGAGGAUCCUUUAGCGGUCGAGGAUGAACGUCACUGGAUAUGCAAGCACUGUCUCGACAAGCACAGCGGCUUCAACAGUAACAGCGGCUUCGUCCCUCAUCAUCUGCGGAAUUUUUCUUGGGCAGUGGGGAAGCUCCGCGAUCGCCCGGAUCAUCAGGAAGAAAACAAAAUCCGUCAGCACAGCGAGGGCGUGGAAGAGCCGAUUGAACGGCCAGUCAAGUGCGCGGCGGGGGAAGAGUUGAGGGAACCGGCCGGUUGA